CUAUAAUGGCUACUACUGAGAAUGCAGAGACGUGUUCACCAGAAAACAAAGGAGGCCAUCAUGGGAGUGCUGACCCAGACACAAAGUGCCCAAAGAAAGUCCAGUAUUGUGGCGUGUGCUCCUUGCCAACAGAGUACUGUGAGUACAUGCCUGAGCCAUCCAAAUGCAGGCAGUGGCUGGAGAAGAACUUCCCAGGUGUGUUUGCCAGGAUGAGUGUAGUUGAGUUUCAUCAGACAGUGGGACUCUGUCUAGGUGGCAGAGGACAGAUCAAACAGAAAAAGAAGACUGUCCCUCAGAAAAUAACGAUAGCUAAAAUCCCCCGUGCCAAGAAGAAAUAUGUCACCCGAGUCUGUGGAAUGAACACCUUUGACAUUGACCUUAAAGAGGCUCAGAGAUUCUUUGCCCAGAAGUUCUCCUGCGGCGCCUCGGUGACGGCGGAGGAUGAAAUCAUCAUUCAGGGAGAUUUUACAGAUGACAUCAUCGAUGUCAUUCAGGAAAAGUGGCCUGAGGUGGAUGACGACAGCAUUGAAGAUCUUGGAGAAGUCAAGAAGUGAAGACCUGAAAAUGGAUGCAACAUGUAACAACAACCUGGCCAAAUGUACACAUUAACA